GCGCGCGCCCGCUCCAUCAAACCGGCCGACAGCAGCGACUCUGACGGCGAGAAGGACAGCGGCCUCGACGACUUCGACAUCAUCAAGACAAUAGGCGAGUGUUCGAGGUGGCGGGUGCAGCACGUGUUCACAUAGUUUCAGUAGUGUAGUGCCGAACACACCGAGCUGACAAGCUGUGUGGUCCUAGUCAUCUGCGGAUCUUUCAAAAAUAAGCCUUGCUUGGAAAGGUUAAUGUUGCAUUAUUCGUGCAAACGAAACUGACCAACAGAUCUUAACUAUGGACAGGCACAUUUGGCCGCGUGUGUUUGUGCGUGGAGAAGGCGACCGGCAAGUACGGCGCAAUGAAAAUCCUCGCCAUCGGAGACGUGAUCCGGCUAAAGCAGGUGGAGCACGUUAAGAACGAGAAAAACAUCCUGCAGCAGAUUCGCCACCCUUUCAUCGUGAACCUGAGGUGGCACAGCCGGGACUCGACCUGUCUGUACAUGCUGUUCGACUACGUGUGCGGUGGCGAGUUGUUCUCCUACCUGAGGAAUGCAGGGCGCUUCACGUCAACCACAGCCAGCUUCUACGCGGCAGAAAUAUCACUGGCUCUGGAGUACCUCCACCUUCAGUCCGUGGUCUACAGAGACCUCAAACCCGAGAACUUGUUGCUGGAUAAGGAAGGUCAUCUCAAAAUUACUGAUUUUGGCUUUGCAAAAAAACUGACAGACAGGACAUGGACACUGUGCGGCACCCCCGAGUACCUGGCUCCAGAAAUAAUCCAGUCGAAGGGACACAACAAGGCAGUGGAUUGGUGGGCGCUCGGUGUAUUAAUUUAUGAAAUGCUGGCUGGUUAUCCGCCAUUCUUUGACGACAAUCCUUUUGGAAUCUACGAAAAAAUUUUGGCAGGGAAGAUCGAAUGGCCACGCCAUCUAAACCCUGUGUCCAAAGACCUGAUCAAGAAGUUGCUGUCACAAGAUCGCACAAAGCGGCUGGGAAACAUGAAGAACGGCGCGGAGGACGUUAAGAGACACAGGUGGUUCAAAGGAAUCGAAUGGCAAGAUGUUUACGACCGGAGAUUGAAGCCCCCAAUAGUUCCUACGGUGUCUUAUGAAGGUGACACGCGGAACUUUGAUGACUAUCCUGAAACAGACUGGAAGUCAGCGCCGACUGUAGGCGCUACCGAGCAGAAACUGUUCGAUGACUUUUAAACAUUGAAAUGCUCUGAAGAUUUUCUGAAGUGCUUUGCAGGCUCAAUAAACAAUCAUUUUUAUUACUUUAUUAACUAUGGAAAUAUUUUAUUACAAAUAAAAAAAUUGUUAGUGCUGUUUGACGAGAACUAUUUAUAGUGCGACAGAGUGAAAGAGUAUUUUUUAUUAUUAUUAUUAUUAUUAUUGAACGCUUUUAAAUUUAGGGUGUAUCCUUUUUUUAGUAUUGUUAAUUUUUUAUGUAUGUUUUUAAAAAAAUUGAAUUAAAAAACAGUUUUUGGAGUAUUUAUAAGCUUAUAUUUACAUGAUGCCUUUGGUAUUUGUACUUACAAACUUACCAGCCAACUAUUUAGUUUUGUAAGAAAUUUAUGGAUGAAGAUGCUUCAUAAUUUUCACAUUUCUUAAAGCAAUAUCUAGCUACUGGCGGUACAGAGUACAGAAUAUUUUAUUCAUAAACAUAACUUAAAAUUUUUGAAGUGUUAAUAAAUAUAUAUGUUUCAAUAUUAUAGCAAAGCAAAUUAUUUAAAUCUUUAAUUUGUAUGGUAUAAAUAUUGCUUUGUAGUUUUGUUUCGAGAAAUGUUACAUUUCUAAAGUAUGAGGUGUUGUUAAAACCACAAUAUUUCCUAAAUGUACUAGUAGAGUACAAAGAUAUUUUAUCUUUAUGUUAUGUUUGUCUCACCCUAAUUUCCAACUAUAUUGGUAUUUCAAUUCAUAUGUAUACUUAUACAAAUUGAAAAAAAAAAGAACUUAUAUAAAAUAUUUUCAUGCACUUUCACUGCAUGUCAAACAGAAACCACACAAAUAAACAAAAUAUAUGAAAUAAGCCAAAAUCAUUCGAUGUCAAAUGUUAAACAUAUAGACAGCACAGAUAUAUUUCCGUGAAAGGAAUAAGAUGGAAAAAAUAUCAUAACACAAACAGUUGGCUGACAAUGACGUGAUAGAUGUUACAAGCGCAGAAAAUACAAUCAAUCUACAAACAGACAAACCUACCGAUGAUGCAGAACAGAUAAUCUGGACAACACAGUGAUACACAGACAAAGCCAAUGAUUAAAUUAAACAUAAUAUAUUCUGCGCAACACGACGACGGCGGCACACAUGAAGGCAGUAGGCGUCCUAAGACCAACAGGAACUACAUCUUAUCCCAUACUACGACACAAUAGGUCAAUAGUGGACACUGGCCGGCCGCCAUCAAUGCAUCAUUGGUCAUUCGGGGCAUUCAGUGUGUCCGAGAUUAGAGACCAAAGCCAAUGAGAGGCGAGCAAUCACCUUAUUCGUCACGCACCUAAGAGAUUACCUAUGUUAUUGGCUGGUGUUUUGCUGUGCAAUUAAUAUCAAUCAGGUUGUCGUUAGCAACGCAAGGAGAUAAGGUCAAACAAAUAUAAACACCAGGUUUUUUUUUACAGUGCUGUAGAGACUAAAUCAUUCCUACUAAGGGGCCCCCCCCCCCUCGCCUAAACCACAUAGUUUUAAGCAAGGUUAGGAAAAAAUGCAAUUAAUCAGUGUCCACUAUAAGUCUGUUUGUGCCUGAGGAUGAGAACAAAUGUCAUUUCCCAAUGUCGCAACUGAAAUACGCGUUUUUAGUUCCAUCGUUGGGUUUGUGUGUCGCAGUGUGAUCCAAGGUUUUUUUUAUGACAACUAUCUCAUGGUUGUCUGUGCUGUGAUAUGUUUUUUAAAACUAAUUCCACCCACGGAAUUCUCUGUGCUGUCUGUGAUCUUAACAUCUGGCGUUGGCUGAUUUCAGCUUGUCUUCUGUGAGUUAGUGUAUGAAUUUUUUCUUGUUUAUUCGUGUGGUUUCUCUAUGACAUACAGUAUAAACCAUCAAUGAUGUAUAAACUGAAUAUUUUUUAAAUCAAUCUUCUCCGUGGCAAGAAUCAUUCAUCAUUCAAAGAAAAAUAUUUUUAUUAAAUUUAUUAAAAUAACAUGCAUUAUAUAUUUUUUAUUUUUAAUGUGUACAUUUUAUAAUCCACAAUAAAUUUGAUCAUUUGUUCAAAAUGCUAAUGAUGUUAAAAUGAAAAGUAAUAUAUUUAUUGUUCGUAGUUGGUUUUGCACUACCGUCCAAGUGCCUUAAAGUACGGCUCAUGAAAAUACAAACUUGAUUAAUAGUAAAACACUUUUUCUUGAAACUUGACCAAUCUUAGAUACAUUUUUUUUUACUUGUUGAUUUUUGUAUUAACGAAUCAACAACCUAUCAAGAAUCUAUAUUAUGUUUCUUUCAUUAUAUUCUAAUGUUUACCUAAGCCUUUAUUUUUAGCUUAUGAAUUUAAAAAUAGUCCAUAGAUUAUUGUUUUGCAAAUAGAUCUCUUAUAUUAAAAUUAUGUAAACAUUGAUACUGAUAAAACAGUAUAAGUUAGUGGAAACAUUUAUUAGUUUAUACAAUUGAAUACGAGCUAGAAGUCAGAGCUUGUAGAUAACCUUGAAAAAAUAUCGAGUUUUAGUGUAGAACGUUAUAAUAAUAUAUUUAAAAUUAAAACAACAUUUUUAAUAACCUUUCAAUGAAUAAAAUGAUUACUUUCAUGCAAAUUGGAAUGUGUUUCACUAGUUAUAAGUAACAAUAGUUCAGUGUCAUCUAUUAUUACUAUUAUUAUCAUCCUUGCAAAAAAUACAACUCUGACAAACAAAAUUUUCAGGUUUGCUCAAGGACUUCGGCAUUUAGAAAGAUUACAUUAAAGAAGUCAUAUUUGCUACCAAAAAUAUCCACAGCACGCACAAGUGUUUACUCAAUGCGAUCUUAAGUGGAAGCCAGAUUAGUAAUACUAUAGAUAAUUAUUUAAUGGAUCAAAGUAGACAUACGUAUGUUUAAUAUAAGUUAUGCUAUUUUUAUAGUAAAUUGAAAGUUAUAGUUUGAAAUUUUAUAAUAAAACAAUUAAAAUAUUGAUAUUUAUACAUAAUUUAUAAAAAAAUUGUAUUGCAAAUUUAUUGUGGUUGGAAUUAUAUAAUAUUUCAUGUAGACAUUAUUUUUAAGUAUUGAAUAGAAGAAGAAAUGUAGUCAAUACAUGCUAG